GUUGUCAGGUGGCGGCGCCGCAGCCAUGGAGGGAGGCAGCGGCGGUGGCUGCGGCUCCGGUGGCUGCGCUGGGAGGCGGCGGUGAGCGAUUCCCACGCCCCCGGCCCGGCCCCGGCCCCCCGGGACGGAGCUCCGAGCAGUCCCGGUCCCGGCUCCGGGCUACAGACUAUGGAAGAGCAGCGCUGAACACCGGGCGAAGAGCUGAGAAUGAAGCGGAGAGCAUCAGACAGAGGAGCUGGGGAAACGUCGGCCAGGGCCAAGGCUCUAGGAAGUGGGAUUUCCGGAAAUAAUGCGAAGAGAGCUGGACCUUUCAUCCUGGGUCCCCGUCUGGGCAACUCACCGGUGCCAAGCAUUGUGCAGUGUUUGGCGAGGAAAGAUGGUACAGAUGACUUCUAUCAGCUGAAGAUCCUUACCCUUGAGGAGAGGGGGGACCAAGGAAUAGAAAGCCAAGAGGAGAGGCAAGGCAAGAUGCUGUUACACACCGAGUACUCUCUGCUUUCCCUUCUCCACACGCAGGAUGGCGUGGUUCACCACCACGGGCUCUUCCAGGACCGUACCUGCGAAAUCGCUGAAGACACAGAAUCCAGCCGAAUGGUUAAGAAGAUGAAGAAGCGCAUCUGCCUCGUCCUGGACUGCCUCUGUGCACACGACUUUAGUGACAAGACCGCUGACCUGAUCAACCUGCAGCACUACGUCAUCAAGGAGAAGAGGCUCAGCGAGCGGGAGACCGUGGUCAUCUUCUACGACGUGGUGCGCGUGGUGGAAGCCCUGCACCAGAAAAACAUUGUGCACAGAGACCUGAAGCUUGGGAACAUGGUGCUCAAUAAGAGGACACACCGGAUAACCAUCACCAACUUCUGCCUCGGGAAGCAUCUCGUGAGCGAGGGGGACCUGCUGAAGGACCAGAGGGGGAGCCCCGCCUACAUCAGUCCAGAUGUGCUCAGCGGCCGGCCGUACCGGGGCAAGCCGAGUGACAUGUGGGCCCUGGGUGUGGUGCUCUUCACCAUGCUCUACGGCCAGUUCCCCUUCUACGACAGCAUCCCGCAGGAGCUCUUCCGCAAGAUCAAGGCCGCCGAGUACACCAUCCCGGAGGACGGGCGGGUGUCUGAGAGCACCGUGUGUCUCAUCCGGAAACUGCUGGUCCUCGACCCCCAGCAGCGCCUGGCCGCCGCCGACGUCCUGGAGGCCCUCAGUGCCAUCAUCGCAUCGUGGCAGUCCCUGUCCUCCCUGAGCGGGCCUUUGCAAGUGGUUCCUGACAUCGACGACCAAAUGGGCAAUGCAGACAGCUCCCAGGAGGCGAAGGUGACAGAGGAGUGCUCCCAGUACGAGUUUGAGAACUACAUGCGGCAGCAGCUGCUGCUGGCCGAGGAGAAGAGCUCCAUACACGAGGCCCGGAGCUGGGUGCCCAAGCGGCAGUUCGGCAGCGCGCCCCUCGUGCGCCGGCUGGGCCACGACGCGCAGCCCAUGAACCCCUUGGACGCAGCCAUCCUGGCACAGCGCUGCCUGCGGAAAUAGCAGCCUCAGGCCGGGGUGCCAGCUCCACCCACCACCUCUUCCCGGCCCGCAGCCAACCCCCGGCUUGGGGCUGGGCCCUGGAGUGCGGAACUCUCUCCCAGGCUGCCACAGGGACAGGCAGGGACAGCCCAGGUCACACAUGGGGUCAGCAGAGGUACCACAAAGCUACCUUUUGGAAUGAUUGCUUGAUUGUUUGGUUUUUUUAAUCUGAGAAGCCUAGAUAACUAAUCUGCUUUUAAUCAUGACGUUUUAAUCUACCUCUGUCUCUUUAACCAUGCUGUCUCUGGACUGAGUGAGAGGGAGGAGGAGGAGGAGGAGCCCACCCAGCCGCCUGGCCAGGCAGCUGCUCCCCACAGUCCAAAUAAGCUGAAGUGCAGCUCGCUGCCGGCUCCCAGAACGAAUGCCCACUCCCCGGCCCCUCCCAUGGUCAGUUUCCUCCCUCCCCUUCUAACCCCAGGUUCCUCAGUCCAAGCUUUGGGAAACCUUCACCUCAUCUUAAGCGGAAUUCAAAUAUAUUUAUUUUUAUACUGAAACCAACUUCCCUCCCAUCACCAGGUGGCUCGGCCCAUGGCCACUCCCUGCCCCAAGCCUGGCUAGACAGCAGGGAGGCCACAGCCCAGAGAUGGGCCCCCUCCUCCCCACACCGAGGCUCAGAAAGCCCCUUCUUGCCAGCCCCUCUCCACCUCCAGCCCACCAGUCCCUCCUUGUUUCUGGUGACGGGCGGGGGGGCCUUUCGCGACUUGGUUCUUUUUCUCAUCUCAGUCGCUUCUCUGAGGUGCUGUGUACUCGCAUUAACCCCGGUCUCCUCCACCCCUCCCCACGGUACCGAGGUGACGCUGACAUAGAUGUGAAAGAGGUGCCGGUCGGGCUGGGGAGGGGCGUGCUGGGCUGGCCGCCGACAGGUGGGCUCUGUUUGCACACCCUCUCACUCCCCGCACCCCUCUCUGUGCCAGAGAGCGGUGGGGACAUCGCCCCUCCGACCUUUGCCCCCUGAUAGAUGUGGUGUCUCUCCUAGGGCACCCCGGCCGGAGCCCCUCCUGGGGCUGCGGGGCCUGUGGGAAGACUUGUAGGAGCUGGGGGGCCGUGUCUGGUUUGAGAACAGCCCUGCUGCCCUUUUUGAGCCGAGAUUUUGAAGUGGAUGCCCGUCUUGCCAGAAAUGCUGUUCUCACCAGAACGCCCUCUCCUCCCAUGCUCCCUCACUGGACUUGGCCCCACCCAGUGCCAAGCAAAGACCUUCCCUCCCCCCCCCUCGCUCCCCAGUUCCCCUCAGAAAGGCCAAGUGUUCCCCUCCAGGCAGCCCUGGGCCCUUUCGCCCUUCCUGCCUGUCUGAGCUCCCCCGUGGGAAGGUGAGCAAGGUCUGUGUGACCUUGUUUCCCAGUGUGAGCUGCCCCCUCCCCAAAAGCUGACUCACUGUGAGUGACUUUGGGCAAGUUCCCAAACCUCCUUGUGCCUCAGUUUCCCCAUCUGGAAAAAAUGGGGCCACCUCUUGCCAGCAGUAGCAGGGCCACCCACAUCCCUUCCUCCCCACACCCCUUCCCAGCACUUGGGCGCCUCAUGCCUCUGCCUCAGUGGGUCCGAGGGAGCCCGCCUGAGCCCAGCACUUACUCCCCCUGAGCACCAAGCUCUGCCUCUGUCAGCUGCCUGGCCACCGAGAGCCAGGGUCUCAUGCUAUGGGGUUGAGGGAUGUCCUCUUUUCUAUAUUUAUUUCAAAAAAAAGUCUCCUAAGGGAGUAGCAGUGCAGUCCGGCCUAGGGCUCCCAGCCCCGGUGACUGUCCUCCUGUGAGGGGCUCAGCUGCGCCCCCUGCCCAGCAGCCUGCCCAGACCCUCCGGGCCUGCUCGCCACACGUGGUCUUUCUCCUCCUGAAAAAAGCAAUAUCCUCCAGGUCUGCAAAGCCCUAUCAGACAGAGGUCCCUUCCAAGGUCAACCCGUGCGUCUGAUUACAUUUCCAGCAAAGCAAAUGAGAGGAGGUUGGGUCUGCCCUCACUGAGUGUCACAUGC